GAGGGAAUGAGGCAGGUGGGGAGGAGACUUUCUUUUCAUCUCCAAUCUCAGAACGGCUAAAGGAGAAUCUCAGGCAGCCGUCCCUACAAUAAUACGACUGUCUGUCUGUCUGUCUGUCUGUCUGUCUCGCUGGUCUUCUCUCCCCUGGAGCAAAUACAAGAAUACCCCCCUGUCGCCUCAGUUGAAGCAACAGAGGUUUAAAUGCUUUCAGCUCCACCACUGUAUUCAGAUACCGCUGGACCAGAGGAGCGGUCGAGCUCCGAGAGCCGUGAACUGAAACCCCCAAGCCUACGAAAAAGGGAGCGCAAAAGACAGAAGAAAAGCAAGCGAGCAGGAAAUCCAACGGCAACACUCCCAUAACUCGCUCCAGCUCAUUCAUUUUUCUUCUCCUGGCAGCUCUGGGGAAAGGGUCGUGUGGCGUGGUCUCCUGCUCUCCAUCGGUGUAUCUCCAGGACAUGGCGCUGAGUGUCCCAGGAACGAUUCCUCUCUGCAUCGUUAGCCUCGGAGUUCUGCUCCUGGCUUAUGCUCGCCUUGCUGACGCUGGGCUUUCUCAGAAGCAUGGUCCAGAUAUUGUUGAUGACAGCAAGGACAAUAUCACCAUCUUCACACGCAUCCUGGACCGGCUGCUGGAUGGCUAUGACAAUCGGCUGAGACCGGGACUCGGAGACAGCGUCACCGAAGUCAAGACAGACAUUUAUGUGACAAGUUUCGGCCCGGUCUCAGACACAGACAUGGAAUACACCAUUGAUGUCUUUUUCCGGCAGUCCUGGAGAGACGAAAGGCUGAAAUUCGACGGCCCCAUGAAGGUCCUUCCGCUGAACAACCUGCUGGCCAGUAAGAUCUGGACUCCUGACACCUUCUUUCACAACGGCAAGAAAUCUGUGGCCCACAACAUGACCACUCCCAACAAGCUGCUGCGGCUGGUGGACAAUGGUACCCUUCUGUACACCAUGAGGUUAACCAUUCACGCUGAGUGCCCCAUGCACCUGGAGGACUUCCCGAUGGACGUGCAUGCCUGCCCGCUGAAAUUUGGGAGCUACGCCUACACGAAGACGGAGGUGAUCUACACGUGGACGCUGGGAAAGGAUAAAUCGGUGGAAGUGGCCAAAGGAGGCUCUCGCCUGAAUCAAUACGACCUCCUGGGCCAUGUUGUCGGGACAGAGAUGGUCCGAUCCAGUACAGGGGAAUAUGUCGUCAUGACCACGCACUUCCACCUCAAGCGGAAGAUUGGGUACUUUGUGAUCCAGACAUACCUGCCCUGCAUUAUGACUGUCAUCCUAUCACAGGUUUCCUUCUGGCUUAACAGGGAGUCUGUUCCUGCCCGGACUGUGUUCGGCGUCACCACCGUCCUCACCAUGACCACACUGAGCAUCAGCGCCAGAAACUCCUUACCCAAAGUGGCGUACGCGACGGCCAUGGACUGGUUCAUAGCCGUCUGUUACGCCUUCGUGUUUUCUGCGCUGAUCGAGUUUGCCACCGUCAACUACUUCACCAAGCGGAGCUGGGCCUGGGAUGGCAAGAAGGUGCUGGAGGCCCAGGAGAUGAAGAAAAAGGAGCCGGUGGCGCUGGCCAAGAAAGCCAACAAUACCUACAACAUCGUGGGCACCACAUAUGCCCUCAACAUCGCCAAGGACCCCGGCCUGCCCACCAUCUCCAAGAGUGCCACCGGCACUGCCACGGCCACGGCCACCGUGCCCCCCAAGGUGCCCCGUGUGGAGGAGAAGCCGCCGGAAAGCAAGAAGACCUAUAACAGCGUCAGCAAGGUGGACAAGAUGUCGCGCAUUGUCUUUCCGGUCCUCUUCGCCAUUUUCAACCUGGUCUACUGGGCCACGUAUGUAAACCGGGAGUCGGCCAUCAAAGGCAUGAUCCCCAAACAAUAACCCAGCCACACAAACCUGCCAUCCGCGAGCGCCAUCCAGGCUGGAAUUUGCUGGGGUUUUCUUCUUCUUCUGCCUUUGGUUUAUGAAGUUGAUCAUAUUAAUUUGACCUAGUAUGAUGAUGAUUUGAAUAUUUUUCACGUGAACAAAACUGUGAUAUUUAUUUAACCCCCUCUUGGUUUAUUUUAGUUUUAUUUUUUGUUGGUGAUGAUGCAAAAUGAUCAGAAAAAAAAGUGUGCCUCUAGCAUCGUGGGUCUGAUGUCCCUCCUCGUCCCCCCAUGUCUCUCCACCUCCAGUCCCUGUGAAAUGAAAGCUGCUUGCAUGCUGUUUUCAUUCCAUGCUAAGCUUUGCUGAGGCUGGCUGGGGUGUUUUUUCCACCUCGGUCCCACCCUGUGAUUGGCUGCCCUGGGUUUUGUGGAUCCCUGUUGCUCAGAUGCUUCUGGGCAGAUAGGUUCAAGGAUGCAGGGACCUCUGGGGACCUCCUGCCAGUCGGACGGACUGACUGUGUUAUUCUUGGCAGUAACUUUAUUCUUAGAGCAGCACUGGGUGGGUGAGUGGUUCUAGACUCUGGGAGCUAAUUAGUGUCCACUUCUCCAUCCUUCCCCAACCAUCCGCCUUCCCACUUCUUUCCCUCAGAACCAAGCACCCCCAGCAGAUUAUCCUCUUCCACUGUCGUCCUCCCACCCUCUCCGACUGGCCGUGGGCUGUUCCUGAGCCCACUGGGCACCUCAUGUGGCGCUUGCCAUCGGAGGAAGACCCAUUCAGCGUCCUCAGGGUGAAUCAGGGAGUAAAGGAGCAGAGACACCAGGAGCAGAGGAGAGGUUUCUAAGCCUUGCAAAGUUGCAGGCCGGAAGGGAAGGUGCGGACUGUGGUGCCUAUCUCCUUGCUCCACCUCCUCCUCAACUUUUCCCCUCCCUACUCCCGUUCUUCCCAAAUCAUCCGUUCUCCUACCACCCCCAGCCACAAGCUUUUCCCAGUCUCCUGUCUGAGGGUGGAACGGGACCAGUGCGGGGUCUGGAACCGGGCAGCGCUGUAGGAUUAGCAGCAGCGUGGCAUAGAGAGAUGCAAAUGGAGCCCAGCCCGGCCGUCUCAUUCACUAGCCUGCCCCUGGCUGUUGCCAGCCCCAGAGAAACGUGCCAGAGCCCCAAGGCAGGCAGAUAGGGGAUACUCUGAGAUCCCCGGGCUUGCUCAGGAGGGAGUGAGGAGCUCACAGGCCCAGACUGCACCUUGCGUUUCCACAGGGCCCGUCACCCCAGAGAGCCGACGCAGCUCCCAGCCGCGGAGUGACUCUGGGGCAAGGCACAGUGGCUGCGUCACUUCCCAGCAGUGCCGAGCAGUGAUUUAGGGAAGGUUUAGGGCCUUCGGGUGUUGGAGUUUGCCAGGAGGGAGGGAUUAACGCCACCACUUUUGCAACCCCACCUCCUGGAAUGCUACUGGGUCCCAACACCAUUGCUGUCACGAACCCCCAUGUUCCACACACCAGCCGCUCUCACCCCCCGGCUGCCAACUCCCGACUCCCAACGCUGGAGGGGCCAACUGGCAACCGGCUCUUUCCUGGCCACCAAGGCCAGUCCUUUGCCAAGGGCCAGCUGGCUGUUUUGGACAGUGCCUCCAGGCCAUUUUCUUAACGAACCGAGACAGCGUGUGUGCACCAAAGCAGUCAUGUCGCCAUCCCGGGGAGGGCUGAGUGAGUGACAUAGAAACCCUCCGCAAGCAAACUCAAUAUCAUGGUGACUAACGAAUAUCAGGGGUUUGCACAUGGUACGCGGUCGAAUGCAGGCUUAAACGUGGGCCCUACAGCGUCACAGAGGCCUCGGCAGUCACAUGCAGUGUGCUCCAACUGCUCACGUGAGGUCGGCCCCUUCCGCCGUUAAGCCUUGGUCCAGUGUCUCACGGGACACAUUCUUGCUGCCGACUGUCCGGCUGCCUGGCAGAGUUCUUUGAUGGCUCUUUAUUAUAACUCUUGCUCAAUUACUUACAAGGCCAAUUACUUUCAUCCUAGGUGAAACCAGCCACAAACUUCCAGCUGCUCGCAUUAGCCAUUCACUUCUCCCCUCUCCCUACUUGGGAAACUGAUUCCCAAGGGAUAUGUGCUGCCUUCUGAGUCAUCCUGGCCACAGCUAGUCCCUGCAACUCUGUAGCGGCAUGUGGGCCAGGCCCAAGCCUUAGGUAAGGUAAUGAAGGGGCGAGGCCUUCACUGUGGUCUGAGGGUGUGUCGAGACUACACCUCUCUGUCGACAAAGAGAUGUAGAUUAGGCACAUCGAAAUUGCUAAUGAAGCUG